GCAGGCGAAAGAGAUCGUGGAUUCGAUUGACAAGAAAUGCAACCGCAAUCGCGGCAGUUUGGAAAUCAGGUACUCGGUGAAAUCUCGCCGUACACCUUCGACUUUGCACUGACGGGAAUCGCAGUCGCCGCAUUCCUCAUUUUCGCGAUACGGAUUUUGACGAACCUCAUUCGCAGAAACACAACCGGAAGAAGCGGAGUAUCAAUGAUGAUUCCGGAAGAUAUUCGGGUGCUGACCGAAGAAGUGUUGCCAGCGGUGGAACGUAACUGGACUCAGGUACCGCCUUUCGCACCGGAAGUCGCGCAACUCGGAUUUUUCAUGCUUUGGGAUUUCUGGAAACAGAGAUUAAUCAAUUGGGACAAUGAUAAUCCACGCAGAAUUUGCAAAAGCUACAAAACAGUGAACAGCGACCAAAAACUACGUUUCUACAGCGCAAUGAAAUCUUGGGAAUAUUUGGCAAAACUUGGCGUAUCUUGGAUUCAGCCGUAUCUUAAAGCCACCAGAAGUGGACUUGAAGGUUUCCGUUGCGAGGAAUUACCCAACGAGCUUUUAAAUUGAACUGGAAUCACAUGAAAAUCACCGUUCGCUUCGCUAUUUCGAUCUCAAAAAUAUCAGAACAUAAUUUUGAACAUGUCCUGUGAAUAACUCAGCUCAAAAACAGUCUGCCAGUGAAGUAUAUCGGUAAAUUCAGAUCUGGAAAUGACUGAUACGGAUCGCCGAGAAAAACCCUUGAAUUAGAGCAAUGAAAAGCGCAGCAUUUAGCGUUGUGUCGCCGUCACACCUCACAAAGAUUAAUUGGCGACAGAGACUGUAAUCUAUCUCAAAAACCGCAAGUUCCGCUAGAAUAUCCACAAAGCCGUGACGAAGACUGAACUAGGGAUCACUCGGACCGGAACAGAAGCUCUUUUUCACUGCCGAAUCCAAGCGAAAUCCCCAACAGUGAUUCUCCGGAGUCCUUCGGUGCACGUGAUUCACUGUCUUCGCGUCCAAAAUUCAUUACCAGUGAACCAAAACUUCGGUGAGAAGUUCACACCUUGACACGUCACAGUGGUGAUGAGGGAAUGGAGAACUAUCAGGAAUCCGGAUCAGUGAAGGAUCUCAAAAAUCAAUUGAGCCAUCGACAAGGAUACUACCCUUUGUAUCAGCCUCCGACUUACUUGGGAACCAUUUCCGUGCAAACAUUUGACGUCGCACUGACUGGAAUCGCUGUCGUGGCCUUCCUCACGUACGCACUUCGAUUACUUGUCACGGCCAUUCGCGGUACUGGACGAAAGAAAAGAAGUGCUUCCAAUGGAAAUAUUCCAGAACACUUUCCACCCUUGAGUGAUUUCAUGGAGACACUGCCGAAAUUUGCGCCGGAAUUCGGCAUCACGGGAUUGGAGUUGCUUGUCGAUUUCUGGACUCACGAGGGCAAAUUCCAAAUUUGCUCCCAGUACACACGCUUGGGUAAUUCGACUGGAUCGGAAAAUUACCAGAGAGCUCUUUUCUUGACAACACCUGAAUACAAUCCCACUGCUGCUGUUGGCAACCAGCAGCAACAGCAAAUUGGUGCAGGGGUUUCAAGUUCAGGACAAGGCUUGUAUCAGCAGCAAGGACAGGGUCAAACAAACUUUCCAGGAGCACCUGGAGUAUGGCUCCUGCCAUCUGGAGCUGUUGCAUCUAAAAACCAAUAUGGCAAUUCUUUAUUGGAACCUCUGCAGCAGCAGGAAAACUCCUUGAGGACAUCCAGUCUAUCAUGGCCAAGCUCUUCAUCCUUUGGCAGCAUCUCACCAGCAGCAGUUGCUCCAAGACCCCUUGACAGUGGACUGAACCAACUGUUUUCCUUUGACAACAUCCUAGUGUCCAUCUCCUUCUUGUCCUUCUCAGCCUUCCUCAUAGUCUACAUCAUCAGACUCAUCAAUCCUGCUGCUGGGCGCAAAAACAGGAUGGCACUUGAUGAUGCAGAGCCACUACCUGAACCAAGUUUCCUGGAGGUGCUACUGGACCCACAGACCAACAUUCAGAUCCUGGUGGAAGCAGUUGGCCAAAUUUUGGACAAGCUCUACUUCACAGUGAACCUCCAGAUGGAAAAAAGAGGAAACCCUGAAUACAUUGCUGCACUAAUUGCAGCAAGUGGGUUUGCUGAGAACAUGUUUUGGUUGGUGGCAGAGCACAGACUGAAAACUGUUUACAGUCUGAAUGCUGACAUUGCUCCACACUUGGUUUCUUACCUAAGGAUUAUUGAGAGGGGGGAGAAGCUUGACCAGCACUAUGCA